AUGACUGCAGCAUCUGCACUCAUUGUGAAGCAUGCCGACUUCAAGGCAAAGUCUAAGGGGAAGGACAAGGACAGGAAGAAGAAAGGCAAGUGCACUUUCUGUGGCUUUUCCAGUCAUAUAAAGGACAAGUGUCAGAAGUUCAAAGACAGCCAGGCUGAGGGCAUCACUGUGAAGAGCGAUAAGAAGGCUGAAAAGCCUGCCGAGACAAAGGAGUCUGCAAAGAUCACCAGUAUAAGCCAGGCAGAUUGCGAGAUGCUCCAUCUCUUCAUCGCAGAGGAGUUGGCACAUGGCAAUGACCUUCUUCACUGCUAG